GAUACAUUUAUUUUGGGGGAACUGAAUAUUUUUGUGUUGCACCCUGAUGGAGUAAUUUCUGAAGUUAGAAACAUUGAUGGGGAUAAUUUUAGCCCAGUAAAUAAUGUUUGAUGUAUGAAAAUGUCUGAUUUAGUGGUAAAUAAUUUCCAUUUUUCUAGUCCCUAGAUCUAGUCUCUUGACCUGUAGUGUUCAGUAGUGUUAUGUUUUUGGACUAGCUAGGCACUUGUUUUUACACUCACUCAUCUAACUAAAGGAAUGUUUAGUGAACUGUACUUGUUGGGAGAUGCUGUAGUGGCUCAGUCCAACAUAACUAACUAUACCAAGCUUCAGAUGGGUGUCCUUCCCUGCACUACCUCCACCUUCGCCUGACACUUCCAGUCAGACACACUAACACCAGUGGGUGUAUAUUAGCCUAGUCAGUCCCCUGCAGGGCUUGAGCUGGGCCUGCAGCACUUCCUACCCUCCUCCUGUAUUUGAGUUAGCCGGGCCCCCGCCUGUACUGUGGGAGCCCCUCAUCCUCAGCCUGGACCCUGUCUCCCCCUCACCCUGCCUGGUGCUGCUGCACUCGGCUCUGCUUCUGCUGGCCGAGGAUGAUGUGGCAAUGCCAUGUGUCGUCCUCUGAGUGCCGCUGCUACCGGCUGAACGGCUUCUCACUGCUGAAGCGCUUCCCUCUCUCGGCAGAUGGGGCCUGUGGUAAAGCCCUGGACCAGCCGGUGGGAGAGUGGCUGGGGGCGGACGAGAGCAAGUUCCUGCUCAAUGGCUUUGAUGACCUACGAUUCAUGGGAAGUAACGUGAUGGAGGACCAGGACCUCAGAGACAUUGGGAUCACUGACCCAGGACACAGGAAGAAAAUUCUCCAUGCGGCACGCAGCUUACCCAAGGUGAAAGCACUUGGCUGUGAUGGCAGUACAUCUCUUGCUUCGUGGCUGGAUGGACUGGGUCUGCAUGAAUAUCUGCCCAACUUUCUUUCAAGUGGUUAUCGUACACUGGAGUGUGUUAAGAACCUGUGGGAGCUAGAGAUUGUCAAUGUUAUUAAGAUCGGUCCCAUCGGCCACAGGAAGAGGAUCAUUGCCUCUCUAGCAGAAAGACCUUAUGAAGAGGCUCCGACUAAGUCUCGUCGUCUGUCCCCAAUUAUGUUUCAUGACCUCCUGUCCCAGACUACGUCUCCCCUCAGUCAGAUGGACCCCUACACCAGUCGCUCCAUGGACAUGCUCCUGCCCCUGACUGAGUCGGACCGGAGGCGGAGAGGAGUCGACCAAGACUGUAGCGUUUCUCUGCGGUCAUACAGCGAGAGACCACGCUCUGUAGACAGACAUAGUGAACGACACAAAGAGUCUCGUUUAAACCUCCGGCCACCGAGCCACUCUGCUACCUACGCCACAGUGUCCGCCUGGCAUCACCAGCCUGAGAAACUCAUCCUGGACUCCUGCGGGUACGAGGCAACUUAUCUCGGAUCAAUGAUAAUCAGGGAUCUACGAGGGAUUGAGUCCACACAAGAUGCCUGUGCUAAAAUUAGGAAAUCAAAGGAUUCAAGAAAGGGUCCAGUUGUCAUUCUGUCCAUUACCUACAGAGGGGUCAAGUUCAUUGACGCAGCCACGAAGACCAUAGUUGCGGAACAUGAGAUCAGAAACAUUUCAUGUGCUGCCCAAGACCCAGAUGACCUCUGCACUUUUGCUUACAUCACCAAGGAUCUGAAGAGUGGCCACCAUUUCUGUCAUGUCUUCAGCACAGUGGAAGUGACACAGACCUAUGAGAUCAUCCUAACACUGGGACAGGCGUUUGAGGUGGCAUAUCAGAUGGCGGUCCAGUCCAGGGCGCUCCAGAGACACUAUGCCCCCCCUUCUUCGCUGACGUCAGAGGUCAUAGACACCAAAAUCAGCCGCCCUGUAUCUCAGUCGUGGAGCAGCAUGCGGAGAACAGCAGGUGCCCCUCUACCUGAAUGCCGCUGCUGUCACUGUCACAACACGUGUACUACUACCCAACGUCCUUCCUUCCUCCCGUUGCACUCUGUAACCCCCAGAGUCCAGAUUGACCCCCUGGAGAUGGACACAGACAUGCAGUCCCUGGGCAGCACCACCUGGCUCUUGGACCAGCGGGACUCCAGCAGGCGUCCUGUCAGCACCAACUCACCCCAGCGUUCAAGUUUCCGGAUACCAAGCUGUGAGUUGAAGGGGAGCAGCCGAUGCGAGUGCGUUUUGCUUGUUCAGUUAGUGGGCAGAGCAGUGGAAAAGAGAUAGCGAGAGAGAGAAAACGAGAGGUAAGCCUUAUGUAAUGUGCAGGGCCAACUAGUAGUACUCGCUGACAUUUAGAUCUCACUCUGUAUAUCUCCUGCUCCCCCACUGCCCCCCGAUAUCAAUCCCAACACACAGAUGAAAGGUAAUCUGUUGUCCCACAUCACUGGUUAAACAGGGCUUGUGUUUCACUACUGCCUUGAGAAAGGUCAAUCAGAAAGGUCAAGUCUAUUUCCUGGUCUCCAUGUGACUUUCUGAUCUUGUCAUGUAGGUACCGUAAUGUUUAGAGCACUGUAGACCAUUAAUUAGCAUUUCUACUGAUUCAGGUGAAUUGGAGAUGGUAACUGUGGGAACUAUUAAAGGGGUAAACAGAAAUGUAACAGUAUAGAGAAAAAAAAUGUACCAGCAUACAAUGCUUUGCCCAUGUUUGUGGACAGAGUAUGGUUUGUCAAUGAAUAUGCGAUACUGUUUCAAAUUUCAAAGCAAUAUUAUAUUACGGAAAUUAAAUACUACAAUGGCAAAACAAUCCCUCAACCCUGUUGUCAGCAUUGAUUUUAUUUAAUGGAUGAGUAUCAAAAGACAGAAGUUAGUGACAAUUAUAACAAUUACUAUACAAUUAUACCACCAGUGUUUCCCCUGCUGAAGAGAUUAGUUGGGGGCAUAACCUCUAAACUCAACAAAUAAUUAGCCCCAUUUUAUAAAUGUAAUGUUUUAAAAUAUAUUCAAGUCACAGGGUUAAGCAUGUGAUUUUUUUUUUUUAAGUGCCUGGUGAUCUUUGAAAAUCAUAGAUCAUUAUUGCUGUCUCCAUGGUAUUUCCAGUGGGCUGGGAUAAUUCUUUGCCUUCCAUUGACUUUGUAUUGCAUGAAGAUGUUUCUUUGACCAUUUUGCUCUAAGUGAAAAAUGCCUAAAAGCUGGUGUGUAGUACGAUGUACUACCAACAAGGCAAAGAACCCAUAGUUAGUUUUAAGAGCUGACAAAAAUGCUUUAAGAAGAAAAGUGGAUAAGUUGGGAGGCAUUAGCAGGAAGAACAAAGACACAGGGAUCCUGACACCGUCUGUGUGCAGCAGGCAUGUUGGUAUAUUUGGAGGUGCCUUAGCUAACUACAGUAGCUUGCUAACACAUAGCAGGAGGGAGGAAAAUUACAAUUUAUUUCCAAAAUAGAGCCAGAUCUAGAGAGAAGUUGGGGUGCAGCUGAUGACUAAAAUGAUGAGACAAGUUAGCUGUUAGAAUGUUAGCAAGCUACUGAGGUUAGCUAAGGCACUUGCAAACAUGUCACUGCUGAGCUUUCUUUAUAACACAAGUUGGAUAAUGUCAAAACCCUUUAGCUUAACUUACAGAAAUACAGUAACCUAAAAUGACAUUUGGAAAUUUGACUUAACAGAGACAGAACGGUCGCUGCACACGAAGGCAUAUCAAGUGUCAGGAUUCCAGUUUCCUUGUUCUUCCUGCUAAUGUCCAAGUUUGUCUUUUAAAACAAUAACUCUGGGUUCUUCACCUUGUUGGCAGUGCAUCCUACCAUACAGCAGCUUUUAGUCAUUUGUAAAAAGACCAAAUUGUUAGAGAUGCCUUCACACAAUACAAAGUCAGUGGAGCGAUAUUGUUUUCCAGUUCAGGUCUCCUUAAACUUGCACUUCCCUAUAUUAAGCAGAUGAAGACAUAAAAGCAACCACUUAAGCAACUAUACAUAGGCGUCAAUGCGCAUCUACACAGCACAGGCAUUUAUGGGUAAACGUAGGUUGCUGAUGGUCGCAGACAGGCCGACAUGGACACCUCCCAAAUUUCAGCUAUGCAUUGUGCAGAGCUGCAUGUCCUGCACGCCAAUUGGUUGAUCCAGCAUAGCUUUGACUGAGAUGUAGCUAAUUGGUCUGCUAGCAAGCACUCACAUCUCCAAAACCAUUGGAAUAAAUUUCAAAAUUAGCAUUACUUGGCUAGACUGACUACAUAUUCUGAUAGUCUAAACAGUUUAUCAGCACUUGAAGUGGUAUAUAAAAACAGUCCUAGGAUGAAAAUGAUAACCGCUUUGAGCCUGGCUCAAAAUCUACAUUUCUGUUUCCUGACUUAUACAGUUUAUGUACUUUGAGAUUCCCCUAGUCACAGUGUUAACAUUCGCACAAGUAUACAGUAAAUGCAACAGCUAUGCAACUGUCUCUGAAACGACAGACCCGUACUCAGAAAAUGUGCUACGUUAUCUCACAAACCACAACGCACCAGCUACCAAUAAAUUCAUACCAGGCUGCAAAGUUUGCAAAUGUUCCAGUUCCAAGUUUGUUUGAUUGGUAGUUUUAUUACACCAUGAUAAAUAUGAACUGAUGAAAGAACAUGGAGAAAAACGAGCCACUACCUUGUUGCCACAACAGUUUCCCUAAUCACAGAAUAGCACAAAUGAAGUUCACCUGACAUUAUAGAAGUAAAGUCAAAAUCAUAUUUAAGACUUUUUGAAGCCUAAAUUUUAUAUAAUUGAUUUUUAGACUUUUUUUUUUUAAAGGACCUGUGGAAACCCUGCAAGUGUUGUUCAAAAACCUUGUUGGUUUUCAAAAGAUUACCAGGCAUUUAUUUUACUUCAGUGUUGUCCAGGGGAAGCACUGAUAUAGAUAUAGAUAUAUAUUUUUAUUUGUGAUCAAAGGUGUAUUUAUAAAAAAAAAAAAGAAAAGAAAACAGUUCAGAAAGAAAAAUGCACAUGGUCUUUGGUAAGUAUCACAUAAAAGUGUCAACAUGAAGGUAAGAAACCUGCUACAUAUUACAACCCAAGUAUUCUGUACAAAUUAGCAUAUUUUCUUUGGUACUUUGUUUAACCUGAGGGUGUUUAACUUGAGAAUGUUUUCCAGCAACCGAUUAUUUGAAAAGCAUUUCAGACAAGCCCUUGGGCUCUUCUGCUAUGACUAAAUCUGACUUGUACUGAAUUUUCACAUUAACGCAAUAUAAGUGGUUACUGCGGUCUGAUCAUUUUCUAAUGUUUUGUGCAUUCAGGCUACCUAUCUAUAGUUUACUUUGAGUAUGGCAACUCACUAAUGAGUUCCCCUUAAAGGUACAAUGUGUACGAUUUAGAAAACUUUAUUUGCAGAAAUGGGCCAUAAUAUGCAUAAUUAUGUUUUCAUUAAUAGCAAAUAAGAAUCAUUGUAUUUUCUUUAGCAUAAAAUGAGCCUUUUAUAUUCACAUGGGAGCGGGUUCCCUGCCAUGGAGGCCGCCAUGUUGAGCUGCCAUGUUUUUUACAGUAGCUAACAACAGAUAAACCACACACUGGCUCUAGAGUGAGAAUUUCAUGUUAGUUUGGAUUUGGAGAUGCUUGGAAGAUGAAGAAGUAGUAACAUUAUGAGGAACAGAUGUUUCCAGAAUGACACCAAAGGUGCCUGCUUGUUGCUGGACAGGUAACUUAGUCUAACAAAUAAAGUUAACCUAAAUACAAGUGUUCAAUAGCUUUAGCUAGAUCAUGGCCGGUGCUGGGUAACCUGCUGCGGUCAAGUGAGCCACCUUUAGCUUUUGCUUGGUCAAGUCUGCCACACUUGUUUUCCGAGUGCAAAGGCUGUUUUAUGUGAUGUAUGAGAGCAGUCUGCAACCUCGCUGCUAGGUGUCACUAAAUCUCACAUGCGGCACCU